CGUUUGCCGGCAUGCGUGGUGAGCAAGGACGAAAGAAGAUGAAGAUGGGUGAACUCGAAAAUUCGGAAAACUAUAAAGGAGGGGAAGAAAAACUGAACACGUUGAUCUCCUUUAACUCUUGACAAAUUGAACACUUUCUCUUCUCUCAAGUGGCGUGUUAGUUCAUUCACCAAUUUCUAUGACUGCUUCUGCAAUUCACAUGGAUCCCUUUGUUUCCACUUCAUCAUCCCUUCUUAUUAUAAUUCUCCGAUCUCCCAUGUUUCCCUGCAAGAGGGCCUCAACAACCAUAUCAACGAGGCGCGCAUCAGAACCAUGCUUCAUCGCCGAAGUUAGUUUCUUCUUGUUCACGGUCACAAAUCGAGACGCGCCUUGCCGGAAGUUGCAGAAACAACCUUCACCAGCAACCUACGAUUAAUCCAUGACGACCAGUUCCUCCGGUUGCGGAAGAACUAACUCGGCGAAAAAAAACCCAAAUAAAAAGGAGACAGACAUGAGCGAUUAUCUCAAAGAGAAAGGAGGUCCCAGGUUGGUUAUCAUGGGAGAGACCAAACAACUUGUUACCCUUUUGACACGAUUUCAAGCGGCAAUGAAAAUGAUCAAGGACAUAGUGGAAAAAAGUAGAUCGAGUAAAAAGAGCAAACGAUUACUGAGGAAAACCCUCAAGAAUAUGACUCCUCUGCUGCAGGAAAUCAAUCAAUACAAUGAACACUUGGAACCACCCCGAGAAGAAAUCAACACUCUUAUGAAAGAAAAAGAUGCAGUGGAAGAGCUUGUGUGCUAUUCCUGCUCCAGGAGUAUUUGGUGGACCAAAUUUCUCUCUUGGCUUCCGCUCUACGGGGACGGACUUUGGCAUAACAAGAAUAAUCCCCUUGCUGCAGAUGACAACCAAGUUAAGUAUAUCAAAAACACACUGUAUGAGGUGAAAGAGGUUCUUGAGCUUCUAGACAUAGAGAAUUUUCAGCAGAAACUUAAAGGUGUUGGAUCACCAAUCAAGUGUCCUUUUGGUGUUCCUGAAAACCCUGGAUUCACUGUUGGGUUGAAUCCACUGUUGAGCAAGUUGAAGAUGGAGGUUCUCAGGGACGGUAUGUCCACCCAUUUGUUGACUGGUUUGGGUGGAUCUGGUAAAACAACUUUGGCUACAAAGCUCUGUAGGGAUGAAGAAGUCAAGGGUAAAUUCAAGGAAAAUAUUUUAUUUUUCACCUUCUCACAAACGCCUAAGUUGAAGAAUAUCAUAGAAAGACUAUUUGAACAUUGUGGAUACCACGUUCCUGAGUUUAUAAGUGAUGAAGAUGCAAUUAAACGGUUGGAAAUUUUGCUGCGGAAAAUUGAGGGAAGUCCACUUUUGUUGGUCUUGGAUGAUGUUUGGCCUGGAUCAGAAGCCCUCAUUGAGAAAUUUCAAUUCCAGAUGUCUGAUUAUAAAAUUGUGGUGACUUCUAGGGUUGCAUUUCCUAAAUAUGGCACCCCAUAUGUUUUAAAACCACUUGCUCAUGAAGAUGCAAUGACCCUAUUCCGACAUCAUGCUCUCUUGGAAAAAAGCAGUUCACAUAUUCCUGACAAAGAAAUUGUCCAAAAGGUUGUGAGAUAUUGCAAGGGUUUACCGCUUGCCGUUAAAGUGAUUGGUAGAUCACUCAGUCAUCGGCCUAUUGAGAUGUGGCAAAAGAUGGUGGAGGAAUUGUCACAAGGUCAUUCUAUACUUGAUUCUAAUAUUGAAUUACUUACAUGCUUCCAAAAGCUCUUGCAUGUUUUGGAAGAUAAUCCCAACAACAAGGAGUGCUUCAUGGACUUGGGGUUAUUUCCUGAAGACCAAAGAAUUCCUCUUCCUGUUCUUAUUGAUAUAUGGGCAGUGUUAUAUGGAUUUGAUGAUGACGGCAUAGAAGCAAUGGACAUCAUAAAUAAAUUAGACUCCAUGAAUCUGGUUAAUGUCUUAGUAGCAAGGAAAAAUUCAAGUGACUCAGACAAUUACUACUACAAUAACCACUACGUCAUCCUCCAUGAUCUUCUAAGAGAGCUUGCAAUCUAUCAAAACAACCUGGAACCAAUUGAAAAGAGAAAAAGACUGAUUAAUGACAUAAAUGAAUCCGAGGAGAAGCAACAAGGCAUGAUAGCCCGCUUAUUGUCAAAAUUUUGCAGAUGCAGUGUUAAACAGACACUCCAACAGGUCCCCGCCCGCACAUUGUCUAUAUCAGCUGAUGAAACAAACACUUCAUAUCAGUCCCACAUACAACCAUCCCUAGCUGAAGUUCUGGUUUUAAAUCUUCAAACUAAGAAGUAUUCCUUUCCAGAGUACAUAGAGAAAAUGAGUGAACUAAAAGUUCUUAUCAUGACAAAUUAUGGUUUUCAUCCGUGUGAACUAGACAAUUUCAAACUACUCAGCUCUGUAUCAAACCUGAGAAGAAUCAGACUAGAGCGGAUUUCUGUUCCUCACUUAGGGGCAUUGAAAAAUCUUGGAAAGUUAUCCCUCUACAUGUGUAGUAACAUAAGUCAGGCUUUUGAAAAUGGUACCAUCACAGUUUUGGAUUCAUUUCCAAAACUAUCAGAUUUGAACAUUGACUAUUGCAAGGAUAUGGUGAAAUUGCCUACUGGGAUCUGUGAUAUUGUCUCACUAAAGAAGCUCAGUAUUACUAAUUGUCACAAGCUUAGUUCUCUGCCCCAAGAAAUUGGACAGUUGUUGAAUUUGGAACUCCUGAACAUAAGUUCCUGUACUGAUUUGGAAGAGAUACCAGAUUCUAUUGUAAAACUUUCUAAGCUAAGACUUCUUGACCUCUCAAACUGCAUAAGCCUUUCAAGUUUACCAGAGGACAUUGGUGAUCUAUGUAAUCUCAGGAAUCUCAAUAUGACAAGCUGUGCAAGGUGUGAAUUGCCAUACUCAGUAACCAAUCUUGAGAAUUUGAAGGUGGUGGUAUGUGAUGAAGAGACAGCUGCUUCAUGGGAAGCAUUCGAAGCUAUGCUUCCAAAUCUGAAGUUAGAGGUUCCUCGAGUCGAGGUUAACUUAAACUGGCUUCAUUCUAUUAGCUCCUAAGACAUGACCUGGUUCAUGGGAAGCAUUUGAAACUAUGAUUCCAAAUCUAAAGUUUGAGGUUCCUCGAGUUGAUGUUAACUGAAGCUGGUUUCGUUCAA